AUGUGUAUAAAGAUCAACCUAGAGGCAGAGCAAGUUGGAGAAGCGAAAGAGAGAUCUUCAGAGCCGUCUAACCGUGUUCCGAAUCACGCUCAAUAUCCCCAGGUAGUCAGUGGAAAUCCUCAACUCGGCAGCUCUUCCACCACUCAGAAAUCGACCAUGUCCUCUACCAUCCCACAAAUUCCCACCGAAACCUCAACUAGCGCAGCCACAAAGAACCACCCAUUUGACGGAGAUCUGAUUAAAUGGACCAUCCAAGACAAGGAUUUCGAAUCAGCCUCGGCUUUGCGGACAAUAAUCCAUGACCUGGAGAGAAUGACUGAGGUUUGUAACUUAAAGUUGCAACGUCUGGAGGCGGCCAACUUGGAAUUUUGGGAACGACAAGCUAUAGAACUGGGGGUUAGUGUGCAGGCCAAGACAGAGCACCUGACGGCUUCUUCAACGGAUAAACCGUUACUGAAAAGAAAAGCCUCACCAGCACAUAACAUGACAGCUAAGGAUCCGAAAAAGGCCCGAGUCCAGCCGGCGGAAAUAGCUCGUCAGUAUGUCGUGAGGCUCCCAAAGACCUAG